UCGGAGAUUUCCCUGUUAUACUCAGUUUCUAUAUGCACAACAGAAAGACAAAAGAAAUAAAUUGUUAUAAUAUGCUUCACUUCUUUCUUUCCUUUUAUAUCGUACAGAUGACAUUACGAUAUAUGAGAAGGAAUCCCUGAAGUGCCCCCAGUUUUUUCUUAUAGUCACGUAUAGUUGUAUUUAUUUAUCCUGUUAUCAUCGAUAAAAGACAUAGUAAGUUUGGAUUUAUUUUUUCAGAAUAGGUGCGAUCAUUAUUCAGAAAUAUUUGUCGAAAUCGAUCUCUCAAUAGUUUCACUUCUUUUUUUUUAUUGUAGAAUGAUGACUGCAAGUACCGAAGGUACAUCUUCUUCAGAAUCAUUGUAUUCUCGACAUAUGGAAAAUUUGAAUACAUAUCAAUUCCUUUGCUUGGAUGAAGAUUUUAAUAAUAAUCUCCUUAAACUUCGAUUAGAAUUUCAGAAACUGAAAGUGUUUGAUAAUGUCAAAGAUUGCGAGGAAUAUAUUCAAAAAUCUUCAUCCACUACUCAAAAACUAUUAUUGAUUACCUCUAAAACAUUAAGUAAAAAGAUCAUUCCUCUUAUUCAUGAUGUCAAACAUUUAAGUGCAAUUUAUGUUCUAUGUACCAAUGAAAGAAGCACUAUAGAGUUUUCUGCUCGUUAUAACAAAGUAAAAGAUGUUUUUACUAAUCUCGAAGAAAUGAUCAAACGAAUAAAAGAAGAUGAAGAUGUCUAUGAACGAAUAAAUAAUGCUACAGUGGGAAUAACUGUUUAUAGUCUUAAAGAAGGACUUGAACAACGUAAUGCAAUGUUUAUGCAUUUGCAGAUCUUUAUUGAUAUUAUUCUUCGAAUGAAACCUACACCUUCAAAAAGUAAGAAAGACUUACUCGACUUUCUGCGUCAAAAGUACUCCGACAACGAAAAACAACUCGCUCUCAUUAAUGAAUUUGAACGAGAGUAUAAUCUUGAACACGCGAUCCUAUGGUAUAGUAAAGCUCCAUUUCUGUCCGAAAUUCUUAACAAAGCUUUACGUGAUCAUGAUUUCGAUGUUCUUAUCGCUGUUCGCUUCUUUAUCGUCGAUUUAUACAGUCAACUCUCCGACGAAUAUAAGAAAUUUCACGAUAUACCAUCCGAACCCAUCUUGCAUGUCUAUCGAGGGCAAGGUAUCAGCGAAGAAGAAUUGACAUUGAUUCGUGAAAAUAUAGGAGAAUUCAUCUCCAUGAACAGUUUCUUAUCUACAUCAACAAUCGAACAAACUGGACAGUUUUAUUCAGAGGCGAAUAAAACUGAAAACGGUUUGAUGAAAUGUAUUCUUUUUAAAUUCGAUAUCGAUUGUGGACUGUUAAACGCCAGACCAUUUGCAUAUAUCGUUGAUCAUAGUCAGUUUCCAGAAGAAAAUGAAGUACUGAUUGCACUCGGCACAAUAUUUCGUAUUAAAGAAGUGACGUAUAAUAGCAACGAAAAGACCUGGAUAGCAAAUUUAACACUGUGCACGGAAGAUGACUUCGUUUUAAAACCUCUCUUGGAGUAUGAAAAGAACAGAUUAGGUCAAAAUCCUGAUUUUAUCAGUCUAGGACAAUCGUUGUCACACAUAGGUCGAUACGAGCAAGCAAAGAAUCUAUUUCAACAAAUUAUAAACGAAUCAACAGAUGACUUAGAAAGAAUUAUUUGUUAUCAUCAUCUCAUCGAUAUUAAUCGCUAUGAAAGAAAGUGGGAUGAAGCUUACAAGAAUUACAUGAAAUUACCUGUACCACAAGAGAACAACCAUCCUGGAAUGGAAAAAUAUAUUGGAUACAUUCAUGCUUCAAUCGCUGAACUUUAUUUUUGGAAAGAAGAAUUUGAUAUGGCUUUAGAUUAUUGUAAGACAUCACUUUCACUUAUUCCUAAAGAUCAUUCAUUUCUUGUUAAACCCUAUCAUAUCAUGGGUACUACAUUCAUGGCAAAAGAUCAAUACGAAUUAGCUUUGAAGUUUUUAAACAAAGCUUUCGAUAUCCAAGAAAAAUAUUUGCCCGAAGAUCAUCCAAGUUUUGGUGAGACUUAUAAUUAUAUGGCCGUGACGUAUGAACAGAUGAAAGAUUAUCUAAAUGCAUUCGAAUUUUACAACAAAUGUUUACGAAUAUACAAGAAAUCACUACCACCUUCGCAUCCAAAUAUUCAAAAUAAUGAAAACAAUCUCAAAUGUCUUGAAGUAAUGAUGAACAACCAUUGA